GAGAAAAAAAAAAGGUUAAAAUGUACAACUCCGUCUCCGGCUUUUGAUAGUCACAGAAAGAGGGAUAAAGCCUGAGAAAGAGAGAGAGGGAUCCGGCACAAGACGGAAUGAUGUGACAAACGGUCUCUUAUGGAUGAUUUAGGGUGUGUUUGAGCCGUUAUGGUGGCACGGACGCGUUUUGUUUCGGUCUGGGAUUGAUUUUUUUUUGUGAAUGGGGAUUUUGCCGCAGGCCUCGGACAUCUGAUUCAUUUUCAUAACCCGGUUCAUUGACUGAUCUCAGCUCUGGUUUUGAUUUGUGUAUUCGCGAGAUGAAGAGGGUGAAUAGUCUCCAGAGGUUUAUGAACACCCGGGCGGCUGCAAACUGCCGUUACCAGCCCACAUGUUACGAGCACGCGGCCAACUGCUACACCCAUGCGUUCCUGAUCGUGCCGGCGUUCGUGGGAAUGGCCCUGUUACACCGGCUGUCGGACGACCGCUGGGAGCGGAUCACGGCCUGGGUCUACGGCAUGGGUCUGAUCGCACUCUUCCUCGUCUCCACCGUCUUUCACAUCAUCUCCUGGAAAAAGAGCCACAUGAGGAGCAUGGAGCACUGCUUCCACAUGUGUGAUCGAGUCGUCAUUUACUUCUUCAUCGCUGCCUCGUACACACCAUGGCUGAAUCUGCGUGAGCUCGGGCCGCUCGCUGCUCACAUGCGCUGGUUUGUGUGGUUGAUGGCGGCCGCCGGGACCAUCUAUGUGUUUAACUACCACGAAAAGUAUAAGUUAGUGGAGUUGGCGUUUUACUUGACCAUGGGCUUCUUUCCUGCGCUGGUGGUGACAUCGAUGAGUAACACCGACGGGCUGUACGAGCUGGCGUUCGGGGGCUUCGUCUACUGCCUGGGCGUCGUCUUCUUCAAAUCCGACGGCGUGAUUCCCUUCGCUCACGCCAUCUGGCACGUGUUCGUGGCGCUGGCGGCCGCCAUCCACUACUACGCCAUCUGGAAGUACCUGUACCGAAGCCCCACGCUGGAGGACAUCAGGGACGUGUGAGC